AUGAGUGGCAGUGAUAGAGGAGACCGGUUAUACGAUGUGUUGGGGGUGACGAGAGAUGCGACCGUGCAAGAGAUUAAAACUGCUUACAGAAAGCUUGCCCUGAAACAUCAUCCGGACAAGUAUGUGGAUCAAGACUCAAAGGAGGUAAAUGAAAUCAAAUUCAAAGAGAUCACUGCCGCUUACGAGAUCUUGAGCGAUCCGGAGAAGAAAUCACAUUACGACUUGUAUGGUGAUGAUAAUGGUGCCGCUAGCAGCGGUGGCGCUAAUGGCUUUGGAGAUGAAGAUUUUAUGAACUUCUUUAACAAUUUCUUCAAUAAUGGAAGUCACGAUGGAAAUAAUUUCCCUGGCGAGUAUGAUGCGUACGAAGAGGGCAACUCUACAAGCUCUAAGGAUAUCGAUAUCGAUAUAUCUCUUACUUUGAAGGAUUUGUACAUGGGCAAGAAGCUGAAGUUUGAUUUAAAGAGACAGGUCAUCUGUAUAAAGUGCCACGGUUCUGGCUGGAAACCAAAGAGGAAAAUUCACGUUACACACGAUGUGGAAUGUGAAUCAUGCGCUGGAAAGGGUUCAAAGGAACGUCUGAAGAGGUUUGGUCCCGGUUUGGUAGCUUCGCAAUGGGUGGUCUGUGAGAAAUGUAAUGGUAAGGGGAAGUACACUAAAAGACCCAAGAAUCCAAAGAACUUUUGCCCCGAUUGCGCAGGCUUGGGGCUCCUGUCAAAGAAGGAAAUCAUCACAGUGAACGUGGCUCCGGGACACCACUUUAACGACGUAAUUACAGUCAAGGGGAUGGCGGACGAGGAAAUCGAUAAGACCACAUGUGGUGAUUUAAAGUUCCAUCUCACUGAAAAACAAGAAAACUUGGAGCAGAAGCAAAUCUUUUUGAAGAACUUUGACGACGGCGCCGGGGAAGAUUUGUAUACAAGCAUUACCAUAUCGUUAAGCGAGGCCUUGACGGGAUUUGAGAAAUUUUUGACAAAAACCUUCGACGACAGGUUACUAACAUUGAGCGUUAAACCUGGCAGAGUAGUAAGACCUGGUGACACCAUCAAAAUCGCCAAUGAAGGUUGGCCCAUUUUAGAUAACCCUCAUGGCCGGUGCGGCGAUCUGUAUGUUUUCGUUCAUAUUGAAUUUCCACCAGAUAACUGGUUCAAUGAAAAAUCAGAACUACUAGCAAUAAAAACGAAUCUGCCGUCAUCUUCAUCUUGUGCCUCACAUGCGACUGUAAAUACUGAAGAUGACAGCAACCUGACUAACAACGAAACUAUAUCAAAUUUCCGGAUCAUUCACACGGACGAUCUUCCAGAAGGGAUAAGGCCGUUCAAGCCAGAAGCACAGGAUUCAGCGCAUCAGAAAGCAAGAAGUUCGUACUGCUGUAUCCAAUGA